CGAUUUUCCUUCACCGCCACCCGCCGAACGAAAUAUUAUUAUUGAUGGUGGUUUUUUUUUUUCUCAAACCGACAAUCGAAAUCGCGUUGCCUAGGUACGGUUAGCCGGGAACGCAAACAAUUUGUUUACACGACUAUUAACUAUAAUAAUAUUAUAGUGGUGUGAAUGUGUGAUAUUGAUAACCAAGCCACUAGCCGCGCUGUUCCGUCCCACAGAGGCACAGACCCACCAGUCGCUCGUCAUCGAUCCAGUGGUGGUUUUCAUCGAUAAUUGGAAAAAUAAAUCGCGAGCAGUGCAUUAAUUCUGUUGCGUUUUGGCACGUAUACUCAAUAGUCGAUUCGAUCAUUCUGUUGCCCGUCCGAUAUCCGUUGGCGUUCGCCAUCGAUUUGACGGCCGACAGCACGAAAACCGCCGCCCCGGCUUUAGAUUGUUGUUGUUUUAUUAUUGGUAGUACAUAAGUUGGUAUAAAUAUGCCAGCUACAAACCGAAAAAAGUCUGGAGGCAACAAAUUUGAGUUCAGUGAAAAACAGAUGGCUGAUAUAAAAGAAGCAUUUGAAUUGUUUAAUGUAGAUGGAUCUGGGUCGAUCGAAACCAAAGAGUUAAAGGUAGCCAUGAGGGCUUUGGGAUUUGAACCAAAAAAAGAAGAAAUCAAACGUAUGUUGCUUAACUUAAAUAAACAACAUACUGGUGUCAUAACGUAUGAUGAUUUUGUUACUUUGAUGUCAAUGAAAAUGGCAGAUAAAGAUUCAAGAGAAGAAAUUAUUAAAGCAUUUAAACUUUUUGAUGAUAACUGUUCAGGAAAAAUAACAUUUUCCAAUUUAAAACGUAUUGCACAAGAAUUAGGCGAGAAUAUUGCUGAUGAAGAACUUCAGGAAAUGAUAGACGAAGCAGAUAAAGAUGGUGAUGGUGAAGUCAGUCAAGAAGAAUUUCUUCAAAUUAUGAAGAAAACCAAUUUAUAUUAAAUACAUAUUACACCCUGUUUUAUCAAAAAACAUAUUAUUUGUGUUGUGUGUACACUAUUUUGUAAUAAUUUUUCACAGUUACCAUUUAAAAUUAACUUCAAAACACCUAAUAAUUUGUGGGCAAGUCAUAUUUCCUUCACAUAUUAAAAAUAAUAAUUUUGUUUUUUGUUGUGGAAAAUAGUACCUAUUUUGAUUGGAGGAAAUUAGUUACGGCCGUUUUUGUUGUAUUUAUCAUAUAUAAGACUUAAUUAUACUAUUACAUUACCUAUAAAAUUAAGAAUAAAGCAAGAAAAAAAAACAUGAA